UCAAUUGUCAUAGAAAAUCAACAAUCAUCCUGGAAAUUUGCUUUUGAAUGAUUUUCGAUUUUCGAAAAAAGUAGUUUAUCUUUAAACCUAAGAAAACCACUAAACAAAAAUGUCGCGAGGAAGUAGCGCCGGUUUUGACCGACACAUUACAAUUUUUUCUCCCGAAGGACGGCUAUAUCAGGUGGAAUAUGCUUUUAAAGCUAUUAACCAGGCCGGCCUCACUUCUGUAGCUGUUAAAGGAGUUGAUACUGCUGUCUGUGUUACCCAAAGGAAGGUGCCUGAUAAGCUUAUCGAUGCUAGUACUAUUACUAGACUUUUCCAGCUUACAGACAAUGUUGGCUGUGUCAUGACUGGUAUGAUGGCUGAUAGUAAAUCUCAAGUGCAACGCGCUCGCUAUGAAGCUGCCCAAUUCAAAUAUAAAAACGGAUAUACUAUGCCAAUUGAUGCUCUAUGUAGAAGAGUAGCAGAUAUUUCCCAAGUUUACACUCAAAAUGCAGAAAUGCGUCCUCUGGGAUGUUCAAUGGUUCUGAUAGGCUUUGACGAUGACAUGGGACCCUGUGUCUAUAAAGCUGAUCCUGCAGGAUACUACUGUGGAUACAGAGCUAUUGCUGUAGGUGCUAAACAAACUGAAGCUAAUAGCUAUUUAGAGAAGAAAUUAAAGAAAAAGCAAGACCUUAAUGGGGAUGAUGUUAUUCAAUUAGCCAUUAGCUGCCUUUCUAGUGUCCUGGCAGUAGACUUUAAGCCAAGCGAUAUUGAAGUAGGAGUUGUGUCUAAGGAUAAUCCAAAAUUUGCUGUUUUAAGUGAACAGGAAAUUGAUAGACAUCUUACUGUUAUUGCAGAGAAAGAUUAAGUCUUUAAAUUUGAUUGUUUUUGUAUUAUUUAAAAUAAUUCAUUGCUGGGUUUAAGUUUAUAACAUACUUUUUUCUUAAAUAAAUAAUCUGCUAACAUA